AUGGCCCGCACCGCCCUAAUCAUAGCGCUCUCCACAGCGCCCAUCCUAACCCUCGCCUCCUUCUUCAAAUCGAAGCCAAAACCACCUCCCACAUUCCUAUCAAAACUCCUACCGAUCAUAGCAACAUUAAUAAUCUUAGUCGUCAUCGCCGUGGUAUUAUACCUCGUCUGGAAGACAGCGGUUUCCGUGGGGAGUGACGUUCAAAGCAGGCUUGAUAGCGGAGGGGUUAAACUUAGCAAAAGUGGAGCGGAUGUGGAGUUGAAGGGGCUGAGUUAUGAGAAGUAUAGGGAUUUGACACAGCAGGUUGUGGUUUCGGCGUGGAAUACUUCGGAGACGAAGGAUUUUAAUAAUAGGUUUUUUACACCGAGGAACAAAGGGCAUAAUCAGAAGAAGCCGGUUCCUCAAACCGUAGAUUGA